AUGUCUGGAGCCCUCCUUCCGCACGCGCUCUUGGACCUUACACUCUCCCGGGCCUCUGCACGUUUGGAAACGCUCGCCUACCAGUCCCUUCGCCGCAAUGCCUCCAUCCAAGGCAAACGAUACGCUCACCAGAGCGUGUCUUUCACUGAAAUGGCAUCGAGCGAUUACCUACCGCUAGAGAAAGACGGUCGUUCUUUCUACUCCCGGCGGCAGAUCUCUCGCCAAAAGCUCUCCCCGUUGGAGUACGCUGGGCUCUUCCCAUACACACAAGACAAAGCAGUGACAGAACUGGAGAAGCGUAUAGCAGAGCUGAAAGAGGCACCGGUGACCGAGGCGCCAGAAGCCGCAGAGAUGGCACCGACAUACUCCGAUGAGGAACUCGUUUCUAUGUACGAGGAUCUGCUUGCCGUCCCGUUGCAGACCCAAGGACAGGUCGUAGACUUGGAAGCACAAAAGCGAGCGGAUGAAGCUAUCGUUCGCCGCACCGUCCACUCGCUGUAUGCGCUAGAAGAUCCAAGCGCCAUCGCGAUAGACUUGAAGUCUCAGUACAAGGCAGCGAUAUCCAAGCUGAUCGAGAUGGUUGAGGCGUUGGAGCCCCUCCGCGACCCCUCAGGUGCACUCCCCGUGGAAGUCUCUCUGCUCUCGGACGAGCAAUGGGUCUCUCUGGUCCGUGUUUGUGUGGAGGGGCACGAUGGAGCAGCUGCCGAGACAGUCGUCGGUCUCAUGAAGCGUUCUGGCUCGAACGUGCCGGAUAUUGCUUUGGAGACAGUCAUGUCAGUCUACGCUUCCGCAGGAGACGUCCCCAGCGCGGAACGCUUCCUCGCCACCUUUGCUGGCCCCUCACCUCCCCCCGCUCUUCGCAACCUCCACAUCAAAGCGCACCUCCGCGCCCUCGCACCGCGUACCUUCCCCACCCAGGCCCUGUCCCUCAUCCAUGACUACGAAUCGCGCAACCUCCCCGCUCCCCAGCGCACCUACACACGCCUCAUCUCCAGCCUCCUCUCGCUCCGUUCCUCCGUGGGCGAGGCGCAGGCCUGGGACCUCUUCGCACACAUGCGCUACGUCGCGCACCCGACCCCCGACGCAUUCCUCUACACGCUCAUGAUCUCCGCGUGCGCCUCGCGCGUCAUCGCACCCCAGCCCGCCCGCGCCCUGGACCUCUUUACCGAGAUGACGGUCGACAAGCGCAUCCCGCCCACCGCAGCCGCGUAUACCGCCGCGAUCUACGCGUGCGCGCGUUCGGGGGAGAAGCUGUACGUGGGCGAGGCGUUCCGCCUCGCGAAGGAGAUGCUGGACGGGCACCGCGACGCGUACGGGAACCCCGCGUUCCGCCCUGACCGCAAGACGUUCUGCGCGCUGCUGGAGGGCGCGAAGCGCACCGGGGACCUUGCGAAGGUGCGGUGGAUACUUGCGGAGAUCGUCGCGGAAUGCUUGCGCGAGGGCGGGAGGGGAGGGGUGGCAGUGGACGAGGAGAUCCUGACGCAUGUGUUCCAUGCGUAUGCGGCGUACAGGCCGCCGUUCAAGCGUUCUGAUGUCGUUCUGGUUGAGCGGAACGGGGACAAACCGACGGAGGCGGUAGAUGGGGGAGCAACUGUGUCUCUAGAGGCCGAGGCACGAAGCGCAGAGGCUGCUCCUACGGAGUCCGAGGGUGCGCCCGCACCGCAGGAGGGCGAAGCUACGUCGACAGCAACUGCGAACGUGUCUUCACAGGAGGGAGAGGCCGCUCCAGAGCAUCCACAAUCGCCCGUGGAGACGGAAACAACCCACUUCUCGACCCUUCUCCCGCAGAGCCACGCCGAGGUCCUCGGCGAAGCGCAGGCGCUCUUCGCUCGCGUCCUCCGCUAUGUGGUUACUCCCUUCCGCCAGGCUUCUGACGACGCGGAACACACCUCAGAAGCGGAAGACGCGAUAGCGCACGCGUUCCAGCACGUCCGCCCGACCCCGCGCCUCCUCAACGCGUACCUCUCCGUACACUACGCGCACGCGCUCUUCGACGCAGGCCCGCACCUCUACCGCACCGUCUUCUCCGAGCUCGGGGUGCAGCGGAACGCAUGGACGUACAUCGAGGCACUGGAGCGCGCGGGCCGCGCGAGGCGCGAGGAGCGCAAGCAGGCGCUGCAGUUCGCGCGGGAGGCUUGGGCGGGGUGGGCCCCGGUAGAGGAGGCGUGGUGGCGCAGGGAAGGGGCCAACGAGGCGCGGGUUGACGCGAGACUAGUGGAGAGGGCAUACGUGGCGAUGAUUCGCGUGCUCUCCCUGACGGGCUACCACCGCGAGGCGGUCCGCCUUGUCAGGCAAUUCGUCGACCGGUACCCCCCUAGCCAGGUCAGCAAGCCGAACCCGAAACACGCCCUCCGCUCGACGCGCAUCCUCCUCACCGCCCCCCGUCCGGUCGUGCGCAUGCUGUCUUCCACGGAAGUGCCCGACGAUACAGUGCCCCCGUCGCUGUCGUUCUUUGAGCUGGAGGUGCUGCACCACCGGCUCGUCGCGGUCGGCGAUCGGGAGAGUAUCGGGUACAUUAAGUAUGUGUGCAUGUCGUACCAAGGCGCGUUGAAAAGAAGGAAGGAUGCGGCGCUACGUGCGAAACCAGUCACGGAUCCAGAAGAGCAAGGGGAUGAGUAG